AUGAAGUGGACGUCAGCCAUCCCCCUCGCCCUCCUCUCCGCCUUGUCCACAGCCUCCCCGCUCCCCCAAGAAGAGCCAGAAAGCUACGGCACACAGUCCGACCUGACCAUCUACAACCUUAAGAUUGAUGCGCCCUCCGUCCCAGACCUCCACAACAAGCUCCUCUCCAAAUCCACCGACCUAGUCGGCCUCUUCCCCAACGCCCCCGCCCUCGAAUUCUACCUGACGACCAGGCCCCAGGAGGCCACGACCCUCGCGACGUAUCCCAUCGGCAUCGUGCACGAGGCCCUCGUCCUCACCGGCACCAACAGCCUCUACGACCUCAAGACGACGCAGCCCGACCUCGUCGAGGUGACGCCCGGCACAACCUUUUCGGUCAACGAGUUCACGCUCGACGAGUCAUCGGGCCAGGUCUCGUGGAGGGGCGCCAAAGAGUCUGCGUGGGUUGCGUUUCCCAGCUCUGCGGAUCCGGAGGGAUUCGAGAUCAAGUGGAAGGAUCGUAUGUAUUCUCCCAGCUAUGCUUGCCACGGUGCGCCUGGAAGUCAUCACUAA